GAAAAAUGGCACAUGGAUCGAGUCAUGCAAGCUCUCGAGACCGAGCAUGGUAUCUCGCUCUCUGCAAACACCCUGAAACGCAACUUGAAUGCUUGGGGUAUCACCAUUCGACCACGAAUAAAAGUGACUCCGGAGCUGAGACAACGUAUAUACGAUCUUUACUACCAAGAGCGCUACUAUACCGAUCAGCAAAUGGCCAAAAUCCUCAAGCGUGAUGGCUUUACUGUUUCAUUUCGUAAAUUGGCAAAACUGCGCAAGGAGAUGGGUUUGUCCAAGAGAAAGGACACCAUAAUGCCUACACAUCCUGUCAUUCCUGGUCAAGUCAUUCAAGUGGAGGACGACAGCCCAGCUUCCGGUGAUGACUCGGAUUCAGAUGAUGAUGAUGCUGAAGCUGCCGCCGAAGACAACAUAGAGGUUGAUCCAAUGGCUGCAUUGGAAAAUGUUAUAAGAAGACUUCAAGAGCCUCAUCCAUCAAAUCCACGACCUCAAGAACCAGCCGCACAGCCUAGAGAACCUGCUUGGCGGAAGAAGCGAUUAACCGCUUCUUCUCAACCUAUUCACCACGCACCUAGAAUCUCAGCAACCUUUACCGACAGCAGACAUUCUCCGCCAGCCCCUGCUAACAACGUCCGAUCACCCACACCUCCUCUCAUUGACGACUCGAUUGCACCUGCUGGCACGGAAAUCUACUCCGAGCCACCCGCAGGUGGUCAAGGCCUUGCAAGACGAGUUACCACGCUCGCCACACGGAUCGAGGUUAUAGAGACCGAAAACACUGGUUUAAGACAGCAGGCCGAGCAGCAGAAGACCGAAAACCUGGAACUUCGUCAAUUGGUCCAGCAACAGAGGAUCGAGAUGGAUCUGAUGAGGGGCUCUCUCAACGAGCUGAUUGCGAGGUUCAAUUCUGCUCACUACUGAUCGAAGUGUUCAUCUGCUUUCUUGUCCUUGUGUUCAGAGAUACCCUAUCGUUCAUGCAAUUUUGCUCACAGCUGUUUCCUGUUUUGCAUUAUGGUACUCUUGAUCAGCAUGCUUUUAAAUUUGGCGCACUUGAUUGAUUGUUGGCCCGGAACAUUCUUGUGAUCUACUGCACAUGUUGGUCACUCCCGCCUUCUCAACUUGCUGUUUCGCGUAAGCAGGAACACACAAUUUGCACGUGAGACUUGUCAGAAAGGAGAGGAUAAAAUAGUGUUUUGGUAGGUGAAGAAGGGAAGCUUCAUGUCUAUGUCUAUAUUAUGAUUGGAGUCGUGAUCAUCGUGACUGGGAUGCGCACAUCCUUCCCUCUAUAAAUAA